UGUAUCUGUAUUUGUAUGAUUGUAAAUUAAUACAGAUAUCGCUGAUUGAUCCUCAGUGAAGCGAUAUUAUUCUUAAAUAUUCGCCGAGAGGUUCAGAAGUCAUAGUAAAAUUUUAUCGACUAAAAAGUUUCAAGAAUUUUAUUAAAAUGACUGAGGAUGUAAAUCCUAAGGCUUAUCCACUAGCUGAUGCUACACUCACAGCUAAAAUAUUGAAUUUAGUUCAACAGGCAAUGAAUUAUAAUCAACUUAAAAAAGGAGCAAAUGAAGCUACUAAAACUCUUAAUCGUGGCUUGUCUGAAUUUAUCGUUAUGGCUGCAGAUGCUCAACCUUUAGAAAUUUUACUCCAUUUACCAUUAUUAUGUGAGGAUAAAAAUGUACCUUACGUAUUUGUAAGAAGUAAACAAGCUCUUGGAAGAGCUUGUGGAGUAUCAAGACCAGUGGUUGCUUGUUCCGUCACGGUUAAUGAAGGUUCACAGCUGAAACCACAGAUUCAAUCUAUACAACAAGAAAUUGAGCGUCUUUUAAUUUAAAAAUCGCCAUUUAUUUUUUAUUUUAUCUUGUUCAUGUGUACUUUAUGACAAAAAUAUAAUCUUAUCACUA